UGUCUUUCUGUACAAGUUCCUCCUGAGUGGAAAACUAUUGCAGCACUUCAAACUCCGCCCCCUUCCCCCCUCUGCAACUCAGAGCGGAAGUACCAAGUUCCUCUUUCACGGAAGUCACACCUGCGACAGUUGGUGUUCAAACUGUUGAAUAAAAGGAGAUAUAAGGGAAUAGCAGGCAGAACCAGGACUGAGGAGGACGAGAUCAGCCGGGUUUCUGUGGACCUGAAGAGAGUUCAGCAGGUGGAGGCUCUGCUAUGGAUCAGUGUGAGGACAGAGAGGAGGGAGUCCCCCCCCUCUCUGUGUGGGGAACAUGACAGCCAGACCAAAGCUCAGAGACCAGAACAAACAACACACUCUGCUGGACCUGGACCUGGACCUGAACCUGGACCUGAACCUGGACCUUUGAAAAACAAAGGAGAAAAUAUGGCGACACUGAAAAAUAUCCUCUUCAGAACUUUAGAACAAUUGGGGAAAGAGGACUUUGAAGAAUUCAAGUGGCACCUGCAGCAGGAGGUCCUAGGAUUUGAAGGAAUCCCAAAGAGUCGACUAGAGGAUGCAUGUCGGACGCAAACUGUGGACCACAUGUUUCUGAACUACGGCAUUAACACUAUUAAAGUGACCAGAAACGUUUUGAAGGAGAUUAAUCAGAAUCUUCUGGAGGAGAAAUUAUCAAAAAUUCCAUCAGAACCGACAGAGAUUCUCACUCAGUGCCAAGGGAACCUCAAAUUCAACCUGAAGAAAAAAAUUGAGAAAAUCAUAAAAACGGGUAAUUCAAGACCUCUAAAUGAAAUCUACACAGAGAUCUACAUCACCAUGGGAGAAACAACAGCUGAAGAGCAUGAGAUCAGACAGAUUGAAACAGCAUCCAGGAAACCAGACAGACCAGAAACAACCAUCAGACAAGAAGACCUCUUUAAAGCCUCACCUGGAAGAGAUGCACGACUCAGAGUGUUGACAAAGGGAGUGGCUGGCAUCGGGAAAACAGUCUUAACACAGAAGUUCACUCUGGACUGGGCUGAAGGCAAAGCCAACCAGGACAUCCAGUUCACAUUUCCCUUACCUUUCAGAGAGCUGAAUAGGCUGAAAAAAAAUUACAGCUUGGUGGAACUUGUUCAUCUCUUCUUCUCUGAAACCAGAGAAGCAGGAAUCUGCAGGUUUGAUCAGUUCUCGGUUUUGUUCAUCUUUGACGGUCUGGAUGAGUGUCGACUUCCUCUGGACUUCCUCAACACUGAGAUCCUGACUGAUGUCACAGAGUCCACCUCAGUGGAUGUGCUGCUGACAAACCUCAUCAGGGGGAAGCUGCUUCCCUCUGCUCGCCUCUGGAUAACCACACGACCUGCAGCAGCCAAUCAGAUCCCUCCUGAGUGUGUGGACAUGGUGACAGAGGUCCGAGGGUUCACUGACCCACAGAAGGAGGAUUACUUCAGGAAGAGAUUCAGAGAUCAGGAGCUGGCCAGCACCAUCAUCUCCCACAUCAAGACCUCACGAAGCCUUCACAUCAUGUGCCACAUCCCAGUCUUCUGCUGGAUCUCUGCUUCAGUUCUGGAGAAAGUGUUGAAAACCAGAGAGGGAGGAGAGCUGCCCAAGACCCUGACUGAGAUGUACAUCCACUUCCUGGUGGUUCAGUCCAAAGUGAAGAACGUCAAGUAUCGUGGAAAAAGGGAAACAGAUUUCCACUGGAGUCCAGAGAGCAGGAAGAUGAUGGAGGCUCUGGGAAAACUGGCCUUUGAGCAGCUGCAGAAAGGCAACCUGAUCUUCUAUGAGUCCGACCUGACAGAGUGUGACAUCGAUAUCACAGAAGCCUCAGUGUACUCAGGAGUGUUCACACAGGUCUUUAGAGAGGAGGGUGAACUGUACAAGGACACGGUGUUCUGCUUUGUCCAUCUGAGCGUUCAGGAGUUUCUGGCUGCUCUUCAUGUCCAUCUGACCUUCAUCAACUCUGGAGUCAACCUGCUGCCAGAAGAAUCAACAACCUCCAGGCUGCUUAAAGUGUUCAGAGACAACCAUCAACUUAAACAUCUCUACCAGAGUGCUGUGGACCAGGCCUUACAGAGUCCAAACGGACACCUGGACUUGUUCCUUCGCUUCCUCCUGGGUCUCUCCCUGCAGACCAAUCAGAAACUCCUACAUGGCCUGCUGAAAGAAACAGGAAGUAACUCAGAGAUCAACCAGAAAACAGUUGAGUACAUCAAGAAGAAGAUAAGAAAGAACCCGUCUCCGGAGAGAAGCAUCAACCUGUUCCACUGUCUGAAUGAACUGAAUGAUAGUUCUCUAGAGGAGCAGAUCCAACAGUCCCUGAGAUCAGGAAGUCUCUCCACAGAUAAUCUGUCUCCUGCUCAGUGGUCAGCUCUGGUCUUCAUCUUACUGACAUCAGGAAAAGACCUGGACGUCUUUGACCUGAAUAAAUACUCUGCUUCAGAGAAGGCUCUUCUGAGGCUGCUGCCAGUGGUCAAAGCCUCCAGGAAAGCUCUGCUGAGUGGCUGUAAGCUGUCAGAGAGAAGCUGUGCAACUCUGUCCUCAGUCCUCAGCUCCCAGUCCUCUAGUCUGAGAGAGCUGGACCUGAGUGACAACGACCUGCAGGAUUCAGGAGUGAAGCUGCUGUCUGCUGGACUGGAGAGUCCACACUGCGAACUGGAGACUCUCAGUCUGGCAGGCUGUCUGGUUACAGAGGAAGGCUGUGUUUCUCUGGCUUCAGCUCUGAGCUCCAACCCCUCCCAUCUGAGAGAGCUGGACCUGAGCUACAAUCAUCCAGGAGACUCAGGAGAGAAGCUGCUGUCUGCUGGACUGGAGGAUCCACUCUGGAGACUGAAGACACUCAGGCUGGACCAUGGUGGAGAGCAGAGGCUAAAACCAGGUCUGAGGAAGUAUUCCUGUGAACUCACCCUGGACUCAAACACAGCACACAGAGAACUCAAACUGUCUGAGGACAACAGGAAGGUGACACGGGUGGGAGAGGAGCCAUAUCCUGAUCAUCCAGAGAGGUUUGACUUCUGGAAACAGCUGAUGUGUAGAGAAGUUCUGACUGGUCGCUGUUACUGGGAGGUCGAGUGGAGAGGAGGGGUUUGUAUAUCAGUGACUUACAGAGGAAUCAGGAGGAGAGGAGAGAGAGAGGACUGUAGGUUUGGACAGAAUGAUCAGUCCUGGAGUCUGAGCUGCUCUGAUAGAGGUUACUCUGUCUGGCACAAUAAGAGAGAAACACUCAUCUCCUCCUCCUCCUCCUCCUCCUCCUCCUCCUCCUCCUCCUCCUCCUCCUCCUCCUCCUCCUCCUCCUUCUCCUCCUUCUUCUCCUCCUCCUUCUCCCCCUCUCGUAGAGUAGCAGUGUAUCUGGAUCAUCCUGCUGGCUCUCUCUCCUUCUACAGAGUCUCCUCUGACAGACUGACCCACCUCCACACCAUCAGAACCACAUUCACUGAACCUCUCUACACUGGGUUUGGGUUAUGGUUAGUGUCAGGUGUCUCCUCAGCGUCUCUGUGUCCUCUGUAGGAGGAGAUCACUUCCUGUCCUGGGUUUAAGGGUUGGUGUUUUAAAUCUGGCUCACUGAUUGUGUCUUUACUGUCAGAAGUAUUUUUAUCAGAGAGGCUUUUAUUCUGAAGGCUGUGUCCUGAGAGAGUCUUUUAUUCUGAAGGCUGUGUCCUCAGAGAGUCUUUUAUUCUGAAGGCUGUGUCCUCAGAGAGUCUUUUAUUC